AUGUAUCUUUAUAUUAUUUAUAAAAAUGGGGGCAUUACGAUUGCAUUAUCAAAAUUUAGAAAGAGUUUUUUAUCAAAAAUAAUAAAUAAUCAUUCUAUUAUCAUACUUUUGUUAAUUUUUACUUUUUUUAAUUAAAUCAUCUACCCAACUUUUACAAUAUAUAAAAAGCAAAUUCUUAGAAGAUUACCUUAUGAAAACGAUGUUUAUUUAUUUAGAAGACUUAAUUAAAUUUUAUACAAAGUAUCAAAGGAUAAAAAAAAUAAUUCAGCAAGUGUUACUUUGAUUUUAUCAUUAAUUAUUUAUGCAUAAUCUCAGUACUGCAUUAUAUUUUCUAUUUUUUUUUAAAAAAAUUUAUGGAAGUGUCCCAAGAAAUGCGUUUUAGACAAUGGACGGAAUAGGAAUCAAUGUUAGUAAAAAAAUACAAAAAAUAUAUUCGUUACAAUAUUUUCAGCAAUCAUUUCGUAAUGCUAUUUAUUAUUUAUAUUGCUUUAAACAUAGGAAUUAUAAAAUAACUUAAUAAACAUUGUCUUAGGUGAUUAAUAUAAACAAAUAUUGGCUAAUAAUUAUAUGAUCGUAUUAUGUAUAUUCAAUAAAUGUUCCACCUGUUAGUUUAUAUACUGUUCUAAAAAACAUUAAAAAAUUCUUUAUUUAUUUAUUUUAAAAAAUGUAAAAGAAUGA